AUGGCGGUGGACUUCAGUGGGAAAUGGGAGAUGUACGAGCAGAGUGAUCCAGAGGAGUUCCUCAAAGCCAUGGCUAUUCCUGAUGCGAUAGCAAAGAGGAUGAGGGAGGUGAAGCCUGUGACCAUCAUAAAGCAGGAUGGGGACAACUUUGAGAUUUCAAUCAAAACCCCACUCCGUACCAACACCAACUGCUUCACCAUCGGCCAGGAGACCGAGUUCUGUGCCAUGAACGGGAUGAAGUGCAAGACCACGGCUCAGAUGGAGCAUGGGAAGAUCGUCAUAGUGACAGAGAAACUCUCCCAUGUGCGAGAGAUCCAGGGGGAGGACAUGGUGGAGACCCUCACAGCUGGCUCUGCGACCCUGGUCAGGAGGAGCAGGAGGGUCUGAGGCCCACAGCUGGAUCACAGCUGGAUCAGAGC